UGCAGCCCUCACCAAGGUAACAGCAAAGCCUGUAACCGAAUCUGAUCUCAAGCGUGUAAAAACACUUCUUUUGUUCACGGACCUCUCUGUGCACUAGUCGCCACUGGCUCGGAUUCAGAAUGCCUGUCCGUUUUAAGGGAUUCAGUGAGUAUCGAAGUAAAUACAAAGGUCGAACAAGACGAUCCAGAAGCGAUUCUCCUCAUCGCAGGAUGCGACUGGCAGGACUGCGCUCUGAUCAGUCAAGAAUUACCCAGGAACCCCAAUUUAUAUCCAAAAGGAAAGUGCACCUUUAUCCACCUCAGAUAUCUAGUUCCCUCCGAUGGGAAGGGCAUGAUCCAGCUCCACGGCGUCAGGAGAAGAGCAGGCCUGUCACACCUCCAGCUGUCACACCUGUGCUCAGAGCAUAUAGUGCAGAAAGAGUAGUGACCCCUCUUGCCCCAAGAGACCCUGCGCCACCAGAGGGCACCGCUGCACCAUCCCAACAACAACAGACAGAUGAGCAAGCAGCUCAGACAUCCACCACUGCUGCAGACCAACAGCAACAAAGACUCAAUGGGAUUCACCAUGUGCUAAGGAAACGAGCGGGACUGAGAUCGGAGCAACAGAGGAAUGGCCGUUUGAGCUCUGAGUACCAGAGACAGUUCAUGCGGAAAACGCCUGCAGCUGAUUCGCCCCUGCUAGCUGCACAUGAGAUGUUGUAUAGUAACAACAGAGCCAUCCCGCCCUUCAAAUCAAACCCAGUAGUUAUGGAGAGUGAGUACAAGAGAUGUUUCAAAGGAUCACCUCCUCCCAGACCACCACGCCUGAGGCGAGAUGUUGAACAACACGAGGUCUCGCAGCUUGAUGCAGAGAACACAACCCCAGAGAAGAGUAAAGGGAACAAGAAGAAGAAGAAAAAGAAGGAGCAACAACAGAACAGAAAGUCAAGCCGUGAAGAGGAAUUAAUCCAUCGACAGCAACAGGAAGUGAGGUCAACCUGUGCACUGAGAGACCCUUCGCCCAAGGUUAUGAGGAAAGAGAAAACUGAGUACAGAUCCAACUUUGGUUCUCCCCUCCAGUACAGUUACAGAGACGGAGGAUGGGUGAAGAUCAAAACCGCAAAUGAGGAGGAGUGUGAAGGUUUUCGAGAGUGGUAUCAUGAGGUGCAGGAGUUACGGCAGAAAGCUGAUGCCUACAGGAAAAGGGGCUGGGGAACUCAUUUUUCUCGGCAGCAUCUGAAUCAGAUCCUGUCGGACCACAACUGGAUGUGGGAGCCUUCCAGUGGCACCUCUUCUUCAUCCUCCAUUGAAUCCAAGGCCUGCAGAAGCAGUAGUAGCACCCCUAUCAUCGUGGCUCUGGACCUGGCCAGGGCUGGCAGUGUCAGCUCUAGUCCUGGGCCUUCUGCUUCUGUGGCAACCAGCAGGAGGAGCUCUGCUGGGGAUGCUCAUCUUCAUGAAGACCCCACCCUCCCUGUGCAGAGGAAGUUGGCCUGGAAUGAAGAAGAUGGAUUUGGAGAGAGAGAUGAAUCAGAGAUUUCACAGGAGGAACUAAGAGUUGAAAAAAAUGAGGGAAAUCCAAAAGAUGAGCAUGGGCACAUGAAGGAGAGAAAUCAAAGGUUGCAUGCGUUGGAAACUGAGUCAUCAUCAGUGGUGGAUGGGUCUGGAUAUUCCAUUAACAGGGGCAGACAGCCAACCCCCGAACUUAGGACCAUGCAGAGUGUACAAAGAACGCACCAUGAUCGGACCACUCCAGCCACCGGAGGAGCUUUGCUGGUCUCUCCGCCGAACAUCAAACAUUCCUCCAGGAGAGUUAGGAGGAGUGAGUCACCUUUAGGAAAACCUCACUCUCCUUACAAACGUAUCAUAGAUGGCUCUCCACAGCAGCCACACAGUAAGACCGAGAGUGGAAGCCUGCCACGUUCCUCGCCAGCCGCUGGCCUGACCACCGUAGAUGCAUUUCCCAUCCGAGAAGAGGCCUGGUCUGAGGAGGAGGUGUUAGACUACUCCACCAAGCCAUCGCUAAAACAACAGACUAGCCACCGUCACAAAACUGAUGUCCCACCACCUGUCAACAGGAUCCAGGGCACAAUGAGAAACCCGGAAUUUCAGCAUAAUGGUAACCUGGGAAUUUUUCGGCCAGAGCUGUUUCCUGAAGCUGAAUCUUUCUGUGUGUCAGAUAAUGAUGAUAAGAUGUCUCAGAUCUCAUCUAGAUCAGCAGCCUCAUGCUCCAUGGCCUCUGAACUCUUGGGUCGUGCUCAGAGAAGAAAGAAGGAAUUCUGGGGAAAGAGCUAAUGUGUCAAAGCCCAUUAAUCGGUUGUGCAUAGACUGAAAAAUGGCCAUCAAUUUCUCAGGAAGUGAAAAUGUACAUUUUUUUAAAUCUUUCACUGAUUUGUUUUUGUGUGAUUUUUAUUUGUAUUCUUUUGGGAUAGUCUGGCAUUUAAAAUUAAACAAAUACUUGUAAUUUAUUUGUAUUUACUUGCAUUUUAAUAUGACUAGCCCAAUAUUGUGCAUUCAGUACAAAUGAUUUUGCUAAGUAAACACUAUAACACUGUCUGCAAAAAAGUAAUAAAAAUAUGUUUGUACAAUGAUAGAAACAAAGAU